AUGGCUUUCCGAAACACUGCCAUCGUGGCCGGCACGAUUCUGACGGGAGUUCUCGCCUACGCCGUUUAUUUCGAUCACAAGCGCCAAAGCGACCCUAGCUUCCGCAAGUCUCUGAAGAAGAACAACAAGAAGGUCGAACAAAGCGUGAAACAGGAGGCUGAGGCCGGCGCCGCAGCCAGACUCGCAGAGCUCAAGAAUGCGCUCGAACAAGUGAAGAAGAACGGUGAACUCCCAACAAAUCUCGAAGAGAAGGAAAGCUUCUUUAUGAACCAAGUCGCACUGGGCGAAUCUCUUUGUGCCUCGGAAGGCUCCCAAGUCGAAGCAGCAAUUGCCUUUUGGAAAGCAUUGAAGGUUUACCCCCAGCCUCAGGAUUUGAUCGGAAUUUACGACAAGACCGUUCCCAAGGAAACCCUCGAGAUUCUCGCCGAGCUUAUUGCACUUGAUGGUCAAUCCACCGGCGCCAAGGCUGGCCCUGACGAUAACAUCGAAUAA